AUGCAAACACAAUCAUCGAGUUCGAUUAGUUCGGAUCAGUUCCAAAGUUCCCACGCUCGUUGGCGCGCCCUGACACACCGUACUCCCUCCUCCCACUCCUCAUUUCUCUAUGGCGUCAAAUCUACCAAGAUCUACUGCCGCCCGACCUGUCCUGCACGCCUUGCUAGAAGAGCCAAUGUUGUUUUUUAUGACACAGAAGAGCAAGCGCGACGCGAUGGUCACCGGCCAUGCAAGAGGUGUCAACCGGAUAACGCGAGCUUCAUUGGAGAGAGGGAGGAGGUUGUCACAAGGGUUCUAGCACUUUUGCGGACCAAGCAGAAUAAUAAUGAUCUGACAGUGAAGCGAGGCUUGAAGGAGUUAGCACAAGAGGUCGGUGUAACGCCGAGUUAUCUUUGCCGCGUGUUCAAGAGGACGAUGGGGCUUACGCUAGGAGCGUAUAUGAUUGAGUUUGAGAGGGAGGUGAGCGAGGGCAGAACAGAGCGCUUGGUUCAAUCUCCUAGCACAGUUGAAUCUGGUAUGGUCGAUGCAGCGAUAGAACCCUCAACGCCAGCAACAACAACAUGGAGCCCCAUGGCGCCCGUUGAGGGCCCAAACGACGAAUUGGUGGAGCAGCAAGUGGGAAAUGUCGCAGAGGCCCUGGACUUGAACUUCGAUUUCGACGAAUGGUUCUCGACUGGAGGUUUCGCUCAGGAAGACUUCUGGAACGAAAGCACCUUAAAUGCUGGCUUGAACGCAGACAUUUUGAACGACGGUUUCUACACAUACAGAUGGGAUAUUCAAGGUGGUUGA